GGAGAGCGUCACGUGACCGCGGUGUCCGGUAGCGCCCAUUACCGACGCCGCCGCGCGCCGGAGCGGUUUCCAUGGCGACGGGCGGGCGGGUGACGUCAAAGCGGGGAUGGAACGAGCGCGCCGGGAACGCGCGUCUCCGGGCGGCGGGAGCGGCGCGGGCGGCGCUGAAGGAAUGAAGCUGCGGUCCCAACGGGCGCUCACGGAGCGGUGCCGUCCCGCCGGGCGGGCAGCGGGAGGCGGUGCCGGUGGGACCGCAGCCCCGGAUGGGAGCCGCGCUGCGCCGCGGGACCUCCCCGUGCGGGACGGCGGAGAGGGCGGAGCGCGGAGCUCCCAGCAGCGCCAUGGGUCCGCUGUGCGCUGCGAGCGUCCGAGCGCGAGGGGCGGAAAAGCCGAGCGGUGCGCGACCAAAGCAGAGGCGGGCGGGAGAGCGAGGAGGAGCUCCGCGAGAAGCGAUGCAGGGAGCGAGCGGGGGAAGAGGCGGAGAGCGGCGCGUGGCGACCGGGAAGCGGCGGGCGUUCAAAACGAGGCGCCGUGUGAGGAGGCGGCGCGUGUCCGUCACGGCCAGGCGGUGGCUGAGCUGCGCGCACCGCCCGCGGCUGCCGGCACGCAGUGCGUCCCUGCCGGGCAGCGCCCGGAGCCGCAGCCGGGAGCGGCCGCAGACCGCCUGCAGGGGCGGCCGCAGAGCGCGGCGGGUGGAGGUGAGCGGACGGGCGCUGGGACGGCACCUGCUGUGCUCGGCGGGGAGGAAAGCAGCGGGUGGAAGACGGGGGAAGAGACCGAGCCGGGGGAUCCGGGUACGCGGGACUCCGCAGCUGCUGGCGAUGUCUCGUGGCCUUCUGACAAGAAAAGCUUCACAGCAGUUCAAGCGCCACGAGGUACAGAAGAAUCUGCCCCACGGACACAGGUGGACAGGAGGAAAACGAGUCCGUAUUUUUCAAGUAAAUACAGCAAAGAAGCUCUCAGCCCACCCAGGAGGAAGGCCUUCAGAAAGUGGACUCCUCCACGCUCCCCCUUCAAUUUGGUCCAAGAAACACUUUUCCAUGAUCCAUGGAAACUUCUCAUUGCGACCAUAUUUCUCAAUAAGACCUCAGGUAAAAUGGCAAUUCCUGUGCUCUGGGAGUUCCUCAGGAAGUACCCCUCUCCCGAAGUAGCCAGAACUGCAGACUGGAAGGAGAUGUCGGAGCUGCUCAGACCUCUCGGCCUUUAUGCACUCAGAGCAAAAACUAUAAUCAAGUUUUCAGACGAGUACCUGAACAAGCAGUGGAAGUACCCCAUUGAGCUGCACGGAAUCGGAAAGUACGGAAAUGACUCCUACAGAAUCUUCUGCGUCAAUGAAUGGAAAGAGGUACAGCCACAGGACCACAAGUUGAACAUCUACCACGCGUGGCUCUGGGAGAACCAUGAGAAGCUGAGCGUGGACUGAGUGCAGCCGCCAUGCGUGCCAACGGUGAGCUGUGCAGCCUCAGCCCUGUGCUGAACAUCACGUUCUUAGUUUAUAUGUUGGUGUGACAUUGGACUCAGAUAAUCGCUGUAAUAAAACGUUCAAAUGCUUUAAA